AUGUUUGUAUGGCCUGAAGAAAUAACAAGCAAAUUUGUGUCAGCACAUUCGGAUCCUACAGACGAUUUCGUGGAUCGCCUGAAUUAUGUGUAUACAGUGGGUCUAUUCAUGUUUCUGGCAACACUUACAGGAGCAAAACAACAUUUCGGUACUGCAAUUCAGUGUAUGGCACCUACACACUUCCCAGGUACAUGGGUUGAAUAUGUACAGGAUUACUGUUUCGUAAGCAAUACAUAUAUGGUAAAUACAAGUAGAAUUAUUGUAAAAGGUGAAGCAAUGAAUGUUCUUAAAGAGGAAAUUUGGGUGCCUUAUGUAUUAUUACUGCAGGCUUUGCUUUGCUAUUUGCCAAAAUUUUUGUGGAACAUUAUUAUAGCAACACGUGAUUUGGAUAUGCGUUGUGUUCUGGAAGAAGCAAUGGAAUUACCGUCUAUUACGACAUUGUCAGUUCGUCGGAAGCAUCUCAGAAGAGUCGCUAACCUUGCAGUUGGAUAUAUCAAGUACAAGCAAAUGAGACAGACUGCUGAGUGUUGUUCGACAUAUCACUUUUAUGCGGUCGUAAAAUGGUUCUAUUUUACCAGUUGCUUAUGUCAAGUUUUACUCAUAAAUAAUUUCGUUGGUGAUGGUUGUUUGCUUUGGGGCUACCGUUUUAUGGAGGAAAUGCUUAAAGGUAACGACUGGAAGACAUCGGGUAUAUUUCCACGGGUAACAUUCUGCGAUGUCAAAAUUGCUCAAAUCGGCCAGCUAAAUACUCACACGAUGCAGUGUUUUUUGAUGAUUAAUGCGCUAAAUGAAAAAUUAUACUUGGUACUCUGGUUCUGGCUUUUAUCACUGGUGCUGAUUGACGCAGUGAGUGCAAUAAAUUCUACGUUACUUCUGCUUUGCCCAUAUCUACAUUACACGCGUGUAUUAUCUUUGUUACAGGCUAGUGAUACCUACAUUGAUGCGAAUGAUAAACGCUCUUUAUUGAAUUUUACUGAAAACGUACUCCGCCCUGAUGGAAUAUUGUUGCUGUCGUUUAUAAAGGACCGCGUUAAUGGAUUAAUUGCAAGUGAUCUCACGCGUGAAAUUUGGUUUAUUAUGAACAGAUGUAAAAGGUUGGUACAUUAA